AUGGGUCUCAGCAGAGCGUCGCUGGGCUUUAUGGGCCUGUUCUUUAUGGCAGGCUCCAUCUUGCUGAUUUUCCUGACUCUUUUGGCGGGUAGUCGCAACACCACGCCUCUCAAUCAGGUCUACUUCCUCCAGGCCGACACCGGGAAUAUACCCGGCGCACCUGCGCUCUCGCGCUGGACAUUCUGGAACCUCUGCGGGGUCACUGCUGGCGGGAAGAAUGACUGCGGGAAAUCGCACCCUGACUUCCCCUUCGAUCCCCCAAGCCACCGUAACUUCGACACGACUGAGAAUGUUCCGGACCAGUUCAUCGACACCAAGCACUACUUCUUAAUGUCCCGGUUCAUGUUCCCCUUCGUCAUCAUUGGGUUGUUCUUUGCCGUGUGCUCCCUCUUCACUGGCCUCCUGGCCAUGUGCACUCGCAUCGCCAGCUAUCUGUCUGGCUUCCUGGCCUGGCUCGCCCUGACUUUCCAGGUUAUCACAACCUGUCUCAUGACUGCUGUGUUUGUACAGGGCCGUGAUGCCUUCCAGAGCAACGGUCAGACCGCAAAGGUCGGUGUCAAGGCAUUCGCCUUCAUGUGGACUGCCUCCGCCUGUCUCUUCCUGUCAUGCUUGAUGUACUGCCUCGGCGGUGCUGUCGGCCGGAAAGACAGCACUGGCUACAGUGGACGCAAAGAGCGCCGCCGUGGUUUCUUCUCCUCCCAGCGCUCGAACAGCGUGAAGAGCCAGAAGCAAGAGACCACAAACCCAACCUACAAUGCUUAA